GUUUGACUUGAAGCCGUGCUGACUUCAUUCAUCUGUUAAAUAUUGUAGUUACUCGUAAAUAAUUUACUGACAGUUAUGAUUUACAUUAAGAUCGUCCUUGUUAGUUUAUUUGUGCUGUUUCUUCAACAUGCACUCAGAAUCAUAUAUCUUCUCGGUCUGCAUGUGACAGUUCGCAGUCAUGCACCAGGCCCAUGCAAACUUGUACCAGGUGUUGAGCAUGGGUCAGAAGAUAUGGAGACGUUACCUGAUGGAAGAACAUUCAUUACAAGUGGAUUUUUAUGGGGGUUGUCUUCCUCUCAUAUGAAAAGUCUGUACGUGGAUCAAGGUAGAAAAGGGAAGGUACUCUUGUUUGACUUCAAAACUCCUGAGAAAGGGGUAACAGAACUUGAGUUGGAUCCUGAAUUUGACUCCUCCGAUUUCCGUCCACAUGGAAUAAGUGUCAUACAAAAUGAGGACACUGGAAAGAUCACUCUAUUUAUCGUCAAUCAUCCAAAUGGUAGGGACACAGUGGAGAAAUUUGAGUUUGAGCCAGAAACCCUCUCUCUCAGACAUCUGAAGACCUUUGCAGAUGAGAACAUGAGAGUAAUUAACGAUGUGGCAGCUACAAGCGAGAACAGUUUCUAUGUGACCAACUUUGGAUACUCCACUACCAAGUUUGGGGCGACCUUAGAAACUGUCCUUCUCCUACCAUGGGGCAACGUGUUGUACUAUGAUGGCUCAAGCUAUAGGGUGGUUGUGGACGCAUUAGUGAUGGCAAACGGCAUUAAAUUAUCACUUGACAAAAGGUCUGUCUAUUUGGCCCAUGGAAUUUUUCAGAUGUUAAAUGUUUACCAACGAGAUGACAAUGAUGAACUAAACAUUUCUCAGGAGUUGCCAUUGUACGCAUACCCAGACAAUAUUCUUGUGGAUAUGAAGACAGGCAACCUCCUGAUAGGCUCCCAUCCGGUUCCCUAUCAGGUAACAAUGUACCUGGAUGCCCCUGACAGAGGAGUGUCCCCAUCACAGGUAUUGUAUAUCCACAUGAAGAACAGUAGCUUUGCUGAAGGAAUUACGGAACUCUACUCCAACGAAGGCCUGCAGAUCUCUGCAUCUUCUGUGGCCUCGUUGUAUGACAACAAGAUGCUUGUCGGGACAGUCUGUGACAAGCUGCUCUAUUGUGAAGUGAAAACACUGGAGUAAAUACCAGGAUAAUACCACUUGUGAAGCUGCUUAAAUAUGCAAUUUUUCAUUUUCUUUUUUGCAUGCCACCAUUUCCUAUUGUAACUAAUUAUUUUACAUGAAAUGAGACCUUAUAUAAAAAUGCUUCAAAAGUAACAAAAAAGUGACAUUAAAACUAACAUAGUUUACAUCUUACCAUUAUUCCAGGCUUUUUUUUGCAAUACUAGCUAAGUUUGAAGUUUAUUUACCGUUCUGCACAAUACUUGUAAAGUUAAAAUAUCUUAAAAAAAAGAUUCCCUAACAUAAACCUAAAUGUUGCAGAAACAAGGUACUCUUUGGAACUGUAAAAUAUGUGCAAGCAUUAAUAAAGUAGCCAUUUACUUUUGUAUAUGUAUGUGUAAUAUUAUUAUACCCCCACAAACGAAGUUUAGGGGGGUAUAUAGGAGUGAGCUUGUCUGUCUGUCGGUCGGUCAGUCUGUCGGUUGGUCCGUAUUAAGUGUCUGCUCUCUAUUUCAAAUAGUUUUCAUCCGAUCUUCACCAAACGUGGUCAGAAGUUGUAUCUACAUGAUGUCUAGGCCAAGUUCGAACAUGGGCCUUGUCGGGUCAAAAACUAGGUCACAGGGUCACUUAGUGCGUUUUAAACAUUCAGCAUGUUGUCCGUUCUCUAAUUUAAGUAGUUUUCAUCCGAUCUUCACCAAAAUUUGUCAGAAGUUGUAUCUAGAUGAUGUCUAGGCCAAGUUCGAACAUGGGCCAUGCCAGGUUAAAAACUAGGUCAGAGGGUCACUUAGUACGUUUACACAUUGAGCAUGGUGUUCGCUCUCAAUUUCAAGUAGUUUAAAUCUGAUAUUCACCACACUGGGUCGAAAGUUGUAACUAGAUGAUGUGAAGGUCAAGUUCAACAUGGGCCAUGCCGGGUCAAAAACUAGGUCACUUAGUGUGUGUUAAACCUCAACAUGUUGUCCGCUCUCUAAUUCAAGUAGUUUUUAUCCAAUCUUCACCAAAAUUGGUCAGAAGUUGUAUCUUGAUAAUGUCUAGAGCAAGUUUGAAUAUGGGUCAUGCCGGGUCAAAAACAAGGUCACUGGGUCACCUAGGGCGUUUUAAACAUCACAAUGUUGUCCGCUCUCUAAUUCAAGUAGUUUUCAUCCGAUCUUCACUAAACUUGGUCAGAAGUUGUAUCUAAAUGAUCUUAAGGCCAAGUUCAAACAUGGGCCUUGCCGGGUCAAAAACUAGGUCACAGGGUCACUUAGUACGUUUUGCACAUUGAGCAUGGUGUCAGCUCUCUAUUUCAAGUAGUUUAAAUCCGAUAUUCACCACACUUGGUCAGAAGUUGUAACUAAAUGAUGUGUAGGUCAAGUUCCAACAUGAGCCAUGCCGGGUCAAAAACUAGGUCACUGGGUCACUUAGUGUGUUUUAAACCUCACCAUGUUGUCCGCUUUCUACUUAAAGUAUUUUUAUCCAAUCUUCACCAAAAUUGGUCAGAAGUUGUAUCUUGAUAAUGUCUAGAGCAAGUUUAAAUAUGGGUCAUGCCGGGUCAAAAACAAGGUCAGGGGGUCACUUAGGGCGUUUUAAACAUAACAAUGUUGUCCGCUCUCUAAUUCAAGUAGUAUUCAUCCAAUCUUCACCAAACUUGAUCAGAAGUUGUAUCUAGAUGAUGGCUAGGUCAAGUUUGAAUAUGGGUCAUGCCGGGUCGAAAACUAGGUCACAGGGUAUCUUAUUGCAUUUUAAACCUCACAAUGUUGUCCGCUCUCUAUUUCAAGUAGUUUUCAUCCAAUCCUCACCAAACUUGGUCACAAGUUUUAUCUAAAUGAUCUCUAGGACAAGUUUGAACAUGGGCCAUUCUGGGCCUAAAACUAGGUCACGGGGUCACUUAGUGCGUUGUUUAUCAUUCAGCAUGGUGUCCGCUCUCUAAUUCAAGUAGUUUACAUCCGAUCUACACCAAACUUGGUCAGAAGUUUUAUGGAGAUGAUCUCAAGGCCAAGUUAGAACAUGGGCCUUUCUGGGUCAAAAACUAGGUCAAGGGGUCACUUGGUGCGUUUUAAAAAUUGAACAUGGUGUCCGCUGUUUUUUGUGAAGAUGACAUGCAAAAUAUUAUGUGUCAAUGCGGCAUGUGGGGGUAUUUGUCACGUCUGUGACAAAGCUCUAGUUGACAGUCUAAUUUAUUGUAGUGGUAACUUUAUUGUAAGGAAUUCCAUUAAGUAUUUGAGUUUUUUUAUUUCAUGUACAAUGUUAAAAAUAUUUUUUAUUCAAUAUAUUGUUUUGAUAACAUCCGGUCAUUCUUAGAUGUUAGUCUUAGCUGUUUGUAUACAUUAUAUGAAAUAUUCAAUUAAUUAUUGUAAAUACAUUGUAUACAUAGAAUACGUUAUUAAUAACAAGCAUUCCAACUUCCCAGUCUUCUUGGAGUGAAUUUUACACUGUGUGUUCUUUGCUGAUAUGAAAUUUACCAAUUUUAAAGCUCGUACAUAAUUUGUUGAUGUCAUGUUUUCUAAAAUGUUGUCAUGUUUUCAAAAUCGCUAUGCACAUAUAUGCUUCAUGAACGCUUUAUAGUUUGUACAAGCAAAAUCUGUAGUUAUAUUUACAAACCGUGUGAUUGUUUGUCAUUGAAAAAAAAAAAAUUACUUUUGUAAAUUAUGUUCUAAAUCAAACAAACUAUGCAUGAUAUAUUAUGUGAAUAUCCAGUUAUUGCAUGUAUAGGAUUAUUGUUUCUUAUGUUAUUUGAAUUUUUGUUUUACAAUACAAUUUUCCCAAUGGUCUCAGACUCAAAUCCCCUUAUGUUUCUGUGUGCAUCGUGUACACGGAGUCAGCGCUUCUAGUCUUGCACAAUGUGCACAAGGAGGCAUUCAUCAUCAUGUCUCGUAUGUUUAACUUUUGGUUGUUAUUUGUUAUCAAUUGUUUUUUGCCCCCGAAAGAGGGCAUAUAGUGAUCGGACUGUCCGUCCCUCUGUCCGUCCGUCCGUCUGUCCGUCACACUUUGCCUUUAGGUUUCGAAAAAAUGCUCAUUACUUCUAUGUCGCUUCAUAUAGAAAUUUCAUAUUUGGCAUGCAUGUGUAUAUGGACAAGGCCUUUCCAUACGCACACAAAUUUUAACCCCUGUGACCUUGAACUUAGAGUCCGCAUUUAGGUUUCAAAAUUUGGGUUAAGGUUUCGAAAAAAGCUCAUAACUUCUAUCAAGUGUUUAUAGGGGGCAUAAGUCAUCCUAUGGUGACAGCUCUUGUUAUGUAUAUAUUUAUUAAAAAAAUGCCUAUCUGAUUUGUAAAAUGCUGAUUAUAAAUAAAAAUGUACGCACAGUU